CGACCAACCAACCUCAAAACCGCCCCGAACCGCCCAAAAUGCCCCCGCGCCCAACCCUCCGCAGCCUCUCGCACACCCUCAAAAAGCCCCUCUCGCACACCCGCCCGCACUCCACCAGCAGCAGCACGAGCAGCAACAACUCCUCCGUCUCCGCCGAUGAACUCACACACUUCUCCUCCCUGGCCAGCUCAUGGUGGGACCCGCAAGGUCCCUCGCGCGCCCUGCACCUGAUGAACCCCCUCCGCCACGACUUCAUCGCGGGCUGUCUCGCCGAAUUCGACCCCAUCACCACGACCCCCUCGACCCCGACCCCCUCCGCCUCCCCCCACAACAACACCCUCCGGUACCUCGAUAUCGGCUGCGGCGGGGGCAUCUUCGCCGAGUCGCUCGCGCGCACCAUCCCCGGCCCCGGCAAAAGCACCCGCACCACCACAGCAAUCACGAACCGGACGCGCACGCGCGCGGCAUCCAUAACGGCGAUUGAUCCCAGUCCCACGCUCAUCAAGAUCGCAAGGGACCAUGCGCGGAUGGAUCCGGCGGUGAAUGCGCAUUUGGAGAACGGCGUGUUUGAGUAUCGGAAUUGUUCGUUGGAGGAUUUGAUCGCGACGACUUUUACUUCUUCCUCUGCUUCCUCUUCCUCUUCCUUUUCCUCAACGCCAUCGCCAUCGCCAUCCCCAUCCCCAUCCCCAUCCCCAACCUCCCAAACCCAAUCCACACCCACCGACCCCCGCUACGAUAUCGUCACCCUCUUCGAAGUUAUCGAACAUAUCGACAACAUCCGCGGCCUGAGCAGCCCGCAAACCUUCCUCCAGAACUGUCUGAGCAUGGUGCGUCCCGGCGGAUGGCUCAUCGGGUCGACCAUCGCGCGCACCUUCCCCUCGUGGCUCGUCAACCAGGUCAUCGCCGAGGCACCGUGGCCGAUCGGUGUCGUGCCCAGGGGCACGCACGAGUGGGCCAAGUUUGUCAACCCCGGGGAGCUGGAGGGGUGGGUGCACGAGGGGCUGGUGAGGGUGGAGGAGGAUGGUGCGGUGAGUAGGGCGAAUGCUGAGACCGGGGCUGAAGCUGGGGCUGGGCGUUGGACGCCGCGUGCUGGAGGUGUGAGGGCGUCGUGUAUUUUCCCGGUGUGGGCUGGAGGUUGGUGAAGGGCUCGGAG